GCAAUUUUCAGAACAGUUAUUUGAAUACGAAUACACUGGGAUAUAAGAACAGGGGCUUAUUGGAAUGGCGUCUUCACAACACCUCACACAGUCCUCACAGGAGCGUCUCAAGCCUGGUGCAGCAAACACGUCACAAGCACACAGGAGCUACGUAGGUGGUCCAUAGAGAACAAUGGGCGUCAGAAGGGAGGACACGAUGAUGGCGACAUGCGCACUGGUGACGCUCUCCUUCCUGCUGGUGGUGAGCGGUGUGGCAGCGACCGACUACGACUACGACAACCAACAUAAGUGGGAUGGAUCCUGCAACACAGGGAGCAAUCAGUCGCCACUCAACUUCAAGACAGUUUACACUUCCUCUUUUCCUCCAUUCAUCUUUGACAAUUACGGCCUCAUCAACAUCACUUUAGAAGUCAACGGUCAUAGUCUCAAAGCGAAUCUGGUGCCUCUGUCUUCAAACCUGCCUCAUCUUCUUGGUGGCGGCCUGAGUGACGAGUAUGUGUUGGAUUCCUUCCACUUCCACUGGGGCAGGAACAACGGGGAGGGAUCUGAACACCGCCUGCUGGACUGCAGCUUUGCCGGGGAAAUGCAUUUCGUUCAUUACAAGAAGAAGUACAGGAACGUGGGAGAGGCGAAAGAACACCCUGACGGCGUGGCGGUGCUCGCAGUGUGGCUGGUGGCUGCUGUGGACGACUAUGAAAGCAAGCAGCAGCUCUACCGCUACGAUCAUGAUGAACCUACAAACUUCUGGCUGGAUUUCCUUGUUCCCUACGGUCCCUUCGUGAACCACUUCCCUCGCCAGACCAUCCUGCGGUACCUCCUUCCUCAGAACACGGACAGCUUCUACAGGUACGAGGGGUCACUAACAACACCCCCCUGCUCGGAGACUGUGGUAUGGACAGUGUUCCGGGAUCCAGUUGUUGCUCCGCGGCGACUGUGGCACUUGCUUAGGACCCUCAGGUCCCCUCCAGGGCACGGCAGACCUAUUGGCAAAAACUUCCGAAACAUACAAGCCCAAGGAGCCAGGAAAGUUUACUUCAGCUACGAUCCUGAGUCGCACUUAAUCCAGUGCAACAAGCAAGAAGUGGAGGAGUUGGAGGAGUGAAAGUGAAUCCCUCGUGUUUUGCAGGAAUGCAAAGAGGCCACCUACCAACGCCACGUCCAGCUGUCUCUCACGUUUUACUAGGAUACUUCAAACCUCUUUACAAAUGUUUUAAGUAGUUAAUAAUGAUGACAAUAACGAUUCCUAGAACACUGUUAAGGCGGCACUGUUGGCUUUCUUCUCUCACCUUGUGUGCUUACGACAAAGCCGUCUCGUUUUCACAGUGGAAUGAAUAGAGACACUUUUCGACUUGUUUCAUAACGAGAGGAAAGCUUGUCAAGUCAAUGUGAAAUGAACAACAUUGUUAUAACUUCUUUUAUUCAUUUGUGAAAUUCUGAAAGCAAAUGUUUCCAUAAUAAAUUGUUUUAUUGAUGUA